AUGUCGUCUCAAGCUUGCAGAAACCAAUGGGACCUCGACCAGCCUGAUUUGGAGCGACCAGGGGGACAGUCUCGAGUUGUCUCGAUCGGCAGCAGAUUGAUUGUCUGGUUUCGACUCCUAGCAAAGCGAGCCAGGAACGAUGCACCACCCGAAUACAUGGAUGUAACAUCGCCGGACAGCGCCACACGACCGUCGACUCUGAGCAUUCGUCUCAAAAAUCGAAGAACAAAACUGUGUUGCUUUUUAUGCAUGAGGAACAGAGACGGCGCGUUUGUCAUUGCUAUACCCUGUCUCAAACCGAUUCAAUACGGCCGAUCCUUUGCCACUCGUGUAAUCUUCGAAGAUGAUGCACAAGAACCAAAUGUUGGUGAUGCAGGAUUGGAAGAGGCCCAUACGGAGAGCGACAUUGCAGACGAGACAGACGAGAGUGACGCUGCAGUUUUCGAGAGGCUACGAAAAGAAUGUCUAAAGCAACAGGGUACUUGGAAGAAGUGGCUUCUAUACUACGGAAUUACAAAGGUUGAAGAAGUCAAAUUUGAAGUUACUGGAGUGCUCCAGAAGGACAAGAUCGAGGACCAGCUAGAUGGCACUAUCUCCAUGGCCGCAAGCGUCGUUAUUCAUGAAGAUACCUCCGGCGACAUCUGUUGUGGGGACGACCACCACAGCAGUUACUGUACCGAUCUAGUGGGUGCUUAUGAGGACUGGAAGUGCGUCAAAGACCACAUUCGCGAUGCCAGGCUUCGCAAGAAGAACCUUCGAAUGCUCGAUAUCCUAACAAAGUGUGGACGGGACCCUCAGAAGGCGAAUGGACUGCGACUCCUCGAAGGAAUGGCCGGGCCGAAAUGGAUAUACGAAGUCAAGUAA